UCAUUUUCAAGAGAAAGAUGAAGACUUCAAGGUUACCUGCAGGUCUCCCACCCGGUCCCAAGCCAUGGCCAAUCAUCGGUAACCUUGAUUUGAUGUUAAAGAAUAAACCGUUUUACCAUUGGAUAAAUAACACCAUGUCUCAAAUGGGCGUUGAGAUCUUUUGCAUCCGCUUAGGGAACAUCCAUGUGAUCCCCGUUACAUCUCCUGAGAUUGCAUGCGAGUUCUUGAAGAAAAACGACGCUGUGUUUGCUUCGCGUCCAAUUGUCCUAUCGGCCGAGGUGGUGAGUGGUGGAUUUUCCGCGGUUACAUUGACGCCUUUGAAUGAUCAAUGGAAGAAGAUGAGGCGUGUCUUGGCCUCUAGCAUCCUUUCUCCUGCCACCCACCAAUGGAUGCAUGAUAAAAGAGCCGAGGAGGCUGACCAACUCAUUCGAUAUGUCUACAACGUUAUGAAGAGCAACAAUGGUGUGGUGGAUAUCAGAUUCGCUUCACAACACUAUUGUGGGAAUGUGAUAAGAAAAAUGAUUUUCAACAAGAGGUUUUUCGGGAAAGAGGUUGUAAACGGAGGACCUGGAGUCGAGGAUGUGGAACAUGUGGCUGGCCUUUUUUCUAUACUCAAAUAUACGUACUCUUUUUGUAUUUCUGACUACAUUCCAUUUCUUCGACAUCGGUUUGAUCUCGAUGGUCAUGAGAAAUUAGUAAGGCAGGCCAAUGAGAGUGUUAGAAAAUACCAGGACCCAGAUAUAUACGCGAGGAUUAAACAAUGGAAGGAAGGAACACGAAUUGUUAACGAGGACCUUCUUGACAUGCUAAUCACUCUAAAAGAUGACGAAGGGAACACUCUAUUGACGGCUGAGGAGAUUAAAUCCCUCGUUUUGGAAAUAACUGUUGCAACCGUUGACAACCCGUCAAAUGCGGUUGAAUGGGCUCUUGACGAAAUGUUAAACCAGCCACAUAUAUUCGUGAAAGCCCUUCAAGAACUAGACGAAGUUGUUGGAAAAGAUCGGUUCGUCCAAGAAUCUGACAUGUCAAAUCUCCAUUACAUUAGAGCUUGCAUAAAAGAGUCUUUUCGAAUCCAUCCAUUUGCACCUUUCAAUCUCCCUCAUGUGUCCACUCGUGACACCACAGUGGCUGGUUACUUCAUACCAAAAGGAAGUCAUGUUCUCUUGAGUCGUCCAGGUCUAGGACGAAACCCUAGGAUUUGGGAUGACCCUCUUCUGUUCAAGCCCGAGCGCCACCUUAAAGAUGACAAGUCACAAGUGAUCUUAAAUGAUCCGGAUCUCCGUAUAUUCUCAUUCAGCAUAGGUCGACGUGGUUGUGCUGGAGUCAACUUAGGGACUACAGUUUCAGUGAUGCUCUUAGCUCGACUUCUUCAAGCUUUCACAUGGUCUCCACCACCAAACACUCCUUACAUCAAGUGUGUUGAAGGUGCUAGUGAAAUGCUUCCUUCCAAACCUCUUCUUGCCUUUGCAACGCCCCGUUUGGAUGAGAAGAUGUACUAUUCACUAUUCGAAAAUUAGAUAUGCAUGAGCUUUGGAUUUCGUUAUCAACAGGGUUAUUGAUGUUGCA